UGUUAACAGAAGUUUAAAAAGGGAGACGAACCCUAUUUAGAGGAAGGGGAGUGGCGAUGAAAUCGGGCGUUCGUUCUGUAAAACAGGGUAAAUUCGGGCAGAGGGGGUCCUGUGAUUGUUGUCAGAUUUUCUUCUGGGGCAUCGUUUAAUUAAAAGAAAAAGAAGAGAUUUGUUGGUAGCGUUGGGGAUUAACAAGAGAUGGAGGAUAAGCCGCUAGGGAUUAUGAGGGUACACCUCAAAAGAGGGAUUAAUCUGGCGAUACGCGAUGCCACCACCAGCGACCCUUACGUUGUUCUCACAUUGCGCCAACAGAAACUGAAGACGCGUGUGGUCAACAAUGACUGUAAUCCGGUGUGGAAUGAACAUUUGACGCUUUCUGUCAAGGAUAUGAACGAUCCUAUCCAUCUGACAGUGUAUGAUAAAGACAGAUUCUCGGGGGAUGACAAAAUGGGGGAUGCAGACAUAGACAUCCAGCCGUACCUUGAGGCCAUGCAGAUGGGAAUUGAUUUCCAGAAGCUCCCCAACGGAUGUGCGAUCAAGAGGGUUCGCCCGAGCAGGGCUAACUGCUUGGCUGAAGAGAGCAGCAUCUUGUGGAACAAUGGUAAGAUAACACAGGACAUGAUUCUACGACUCAAGAAUGUGGAGUGUGGCGAGGUAGAGAUCAUGCUCGAGUGGAUUGACGGCCCUGGAUGCAAGGGUCUUGCUCGCGAAGGUUCCAAGAAGACCCCAUGGAUGCCGACGAAACGGCUGGACUAGAAGGACGCUUCCAGGGGCCGUGACGAUAAUCACAUGCCCUGUCCUUUCUACUCUAUGGCUGACUGGAGUGUGGUUCUUUACGCUAUUCCCUUUGCUGCUUCAUCAUCCGACGUCAUACGAGGAGAAGUUGUCUUUAAGAUUGACUAAUAGGCGGCCCUUGCUUUGGCCUCAGAUGUAACUCUGGAAUAUAGCCAAACCCUGUAAUCUACAUGUACCUCAUCUCUGUAACCCUUAAUACAAUAUAACGGACCAAAAAAGAGGCUUGGAAUGCGAAUUAUGUCAUGUGAUCAUGCUAAUGGCCCCAAAAAGGAUCCUUUUUCAGUAAAACCGGAAGUUGCAAUC